AUGGUUGUAUUAUCCAACAAUGCCGGAGAGGCUGAUUCCUCUGCUCCACUUACAGUACUCCCUCCAGCACUUCCUCCUUUAGGCUUUGUUCGUCCUCUAACUGAUCAACAAGUGCCAAAAGGCCAAACUGCAGUCCUCGAAAUCGAAACUAACAGAGCUCCUAAAAUAGUAAAAUGGUACAAAAAUGGUGAAGAAUUAAAGCCCGGACAAGUUAAAGCACAGCCAAAACAGAUAUCUGAUACUAAAUUCAAACUAGAAAUUCCUGAUGCUGAUGAAAUUGAUGCAGCUAAUUAUUCGGUCAAAGUCUUUGACAAAGAAGACGAACCGGGUGCCGAUUCUAGCUGCCAACUUAGAGUUUUACUUCCAGCUGAAAAGCCUGGUUUUAAAAGACCUCUGCGAGAACAAACAAUUCCGGAAGAGGAUGAAUUAUUACUUGAAGUUGAAACUAUUGGGAAGCCUCACAUUGUUAAAUGGUUUAAAAAUGGACAAGAAGUUACUCCAUCGAAUCGUAUCAAAAUUGAGCAACUGGGACCUGAUCAUUUCCGUCUUACUAUACCAUCUGCUCUAAGAGAUGAUUCUGGUCUUUAUUCUGUUGAGAUUGAGAAUGAAGCUGGAAAGGCUAAAUGUGAAGCUAAACAAACAGUUGAACCCUUCCCAGAAUUCAUUAAACCACUCAAGGAUUUGGAAGUUGAUGAAGGUGCUGUUGCGGAGUUUAUGUGUGAAACUAACUUAAGAAGCUUACCGCGGGUUAUUAGAUGGUUCAAAAAUGGAAAUGAGAUUUUUGCUGAUGAUAGAAUACAAAUAAUCUCUGAACCAAAUACUGGCAUCUUCAAACUAAUUAUCAAAUCUGCCAUAAAAGGAGAUAUUGGAACAUACAAAAUUCUUCUAGAAAAUACUGCUGGAAAGGCAGAAAGUUCUGCUCAACUAGGUGUGCGAUCCUUAGCACAAGUACCAGGAUUUGAACAACCCCUUCGUGAGCAAACAAUUCCUGAGAAAGAUCAGCUUGUUUUAGAGGUUAAAACUACUGGAAAGCCAACCUUAGUUAAAUGGUUCAAAAAUGGCCAAGAAUUAUUGCCAUCAGACCGCAUUCGAAUGGAACAAUUAGGGCCUGAUCACUUCCGUCUCAUCAUUCCUUCUGCUUUAGCUGAUGAUUCUGGCCUUUAUUCCGUAGAAAUUGGAAAUGAUGCUGGAAAGGCUAAAUGUGAAGCUAAACAAACAGUUGAACCCUUCCCAGAAUUUAUUAAACCUCUCAAAGAUUUGGAAGUUGAUGAAGGUGCGGUGGCAGAGUUUAUGUGUGAAACUAAUUUGAGAAGUUUGCCACGUAUUGUUAAAUGGUUUAAAAAUGGAAAUGAGAUCAUAGUGGAUGAUAGAAUCCAAAUAAUCUCUGAACCGAAUACUGGCAUCUUCAAAUUAAUUAUUAAAUCUGCGAUCAAAGAAGAUAUUGGAGCAUACAAAAUUCAGCUAGAAAAUACUGCUGGAAAAGCUGAAAGUUCUGCACAAUUGUCUGUUCGCCCUCUCAAGAAAUUAGAGCCACCUAAAAUUGUAAAAGCUCUGCUUGAUCAAAUCGUUGCUGAAGGAGAGCCUUUAACAUUUGAAGUGCAAAUACAAGGGGAUGUUGAUGAAAUUAAAUGGUUAAAAGAUGAAUUUCCUGUUGGGAAAGAUGCUCGAAUUCAAGUUCAAAAAGUUGAUGAUCAAACCUAUCGGCUGACAAUUCCAGCUGCUUUUCUCUCUGAUGCUGGAGAAUUCGAAGUUCAAGCUAUCAAUGCUGCAGGCAAGGCAGCUUCUACUGCCCGUGCCGAAGUUGAUCAAGCACCUAGGAUUGUCCAGGGACUCCUUCCAGGAGAUAUUCUUGAAGGGGAUGAACAUCUAUUCCGUGUUGAGGCUUCAGCACCUAUUCGAACGGUAAAAUGGUUCAAAGAUGGCCAGGAAAUUACGGCACCCGCUGGUGCUCGUUUUCGCCUUAAAGAUAUUUCGCCUAAAAAAUAUGAGCUUGAAUUAACUGAUGCAAAACUUGAGGAUGGUGCGGCCUAUAAGGCCGAUUUGAAAGUGCGCAAGCCCGUCCAAUUCAAAUUACGUAAAGGCCUGAAUGAUGUUACCAUUAACGAGGGUGAACCUCUUGAACUUGUUGCCGAAUUGGAUGGACAGCCUGCAAGUGUUACAUGGUUGAAAAAUGGUGUGGAAGUAAAACCUGAUGGAGAAAGGCUAAAAAUUAUUUCCAAUCCUGAAACUGGCAUUUAUUCGUUGCUCAUACCCUCGGCAGCAACCUCAGAUGGAGGGGCUUAUCGUGUAGUUUUUGCCAAUCCUGCUGGAGGAGAAGUUUCUUCUGGAUCUGUUGCUCAUGUUCGCUCGCGGAAACCAUCAAUAGAAACAAGUCCAGCAGUAUUCCUAAGUCCACUUUCAGACGUAGAACUGCCAGAGGGUGAAGUUCUUACACUAAAGUGCACGGUUGGAGGACAGCCAUUGCCUGAAGAGGUUAUAUGGUAUCGCAAAACAGAGGGUGCCACUGCAGAAGAACAACUCCAACCAGAUGGUGAUCGUAUAGCCAUUCGUUUGGGCUUGGAUGGAAGUGCAAUGCUUCGCAUUAGAGAUGUAAAACGUUCUGAGGCUGGCCAAUUCCGAGCAGUCGCUAAAAAUGAAGCAGGACAGGCUGAAACAAGUUGUCAAGUUAAAGUAACAAUUGGAGGUGUCGAGAAGGGAGAAGCGCCAAAAUUCGUUAUUCCAUUGAAAAAGACUGAAGGAACUCCUGGUUCUAAUGUUGAAUUCCGCGUCAAAGUGCGAGGAGUGCCUUCCCCAACACUCGAAUGGACACUCAAUGGAAAACCAAUUAUUGGAGAACCACGUUUCAAGCUUGAAGAUUUAUCUGAUGGAAAUUGGUCCUUAACCAUUGCUGACAUACGUCAAGAAGAUUUUGGAACCCUAAAGUGUGUUGCAAGUAAUCCACUUGGGCAGGAUCAAUGUGAAGCACAGUUUGAGCCUUCUGAAAGGAAACCUUCAAUUGUUCCAUCGGAACCAAGUGGUUAUGCUCCGAAGUUUAAUGUACCUCUUUGGGAUCGAAGAAUACCUGAAGGGCAACCUUUAUCAAUUGAAUGUCAUGUAGAUGCGAAACCUGCAGCGGAUAUUGAAUGGUUUUACAAUGGUGAACCGCUCAAGGACACUGGCGAUGGACGCAUUGAAAUUAGAAAUACGCCUGAUGGUGCCUGCCGGGUGCGCAUUAAAGAUUUCCGCGCUGACGCUGGAGCAGGCGAAUAUCGCUGCCAGGCAACAAAUCCCUUCGGAGUUGCUGACACCCGCGCAAACUACAACGUUGAACCGAUAGCAGAGAAAGAAGCUCCUAAAGAAGAGCUUGCAAAAGCUCCAAGAUUUAAUCCCGGAUUAGAAGAUUGUGCCUUUGAGGAAGGCAAACAAAUUUUGCUACGUUGCCGAGUAGAAGCUCAACCACCGGCAAGUAUUACAUUUUACAAGGAUGGUGUACCUAUUAGACCGGGUGACAGAAUUCGUAUAAAUUAUAAUGAGGAAAGUGGAGAAUGCUUGUUAACAAUUGAUGAUUGUUUAAUUAAUGAUGAAGGAGCUUAUCGUUGUGUUGCCCAAAACAUUCAUGGCAGCGCCAACACCGCAUGUCAAGUUGGGGUUAAAAAACGAGCUCCAUCUGUUGCUGAAGAGGCUGCCGGUGAACCUCCUCAAUUUGUCCGUGGCCUUGUUGACCAAUACAUUGACCGUGGUGACAAAAUGGUCUUUAGCUGUAUUUUGGGUGGAGGAACACCAGACGAAAUCAAAUGGUAUAGAGAUGGUAAACUACUUUCUCCUGCUGAGGGCCGAAUUGAGAUUGAACGCCUUCCAAAUGGAGAAUGUCGACUUACUAUAGGUGAUUGCUCAAUUGCAGAUGAGGGUAUUUAUCGUUGUGAAGCGUCCAAUGCUUUUGGAACUGCUAAAACACAAGCUACAGGGCAUGUAGAUAUGAAAUUAAAAGCAGAAAAGCCUCCGCCAUCUGAAGAGGGAGAAGCACCACGCUUUAUUAUACCUCUUUCCGAUUCUACCGUAUUUACUGGCUCCCCUAUUGAAUUAGAAUGCAAAGUAACUGGAAAACCAUUACCCACAGUAAAAUGGACCAAAGAUGGGCAUCCCUUGGCGGAAGAUGCUCGUUUCGAUUGGAGCGAGAGUCGGCCAGAUGAAGGCUUUUACCGAUUGCGAAUACGUGAUGCGACAGCCCACGAUGAAGGAACUUAUCGUUGUGUUGCUACAAAUGAAAGUGGACAAGCAAGUACAAGAGCAACUGUACGCGUUGAAGAUGAGCUAGGGAAGGGAGCACCUCCAACUGCUGAAGGAAAACCUCCAUUGAUCAGUGUACGCCUAGCAGAUCAGCGAGUAACUGAAGGUCAUCCUCUAACACUCCAUUGCCGCGUUGAAGGUGACCCAACCCCUGAGUUGGUUUGGUACAAGGAUGGAGAACAGAUUCGACCCUCAGAACGAUGCCGUUUAGAACGUGACCCUCAGACUGGAGAUGGAAAGCUAAUUAUUCCCUCUUGCACUAUUGAUGAUGACGGGGUAUAUCGAGUGAUUGCUACAAAUCCUCAUGGUUCAGCUUAUGACAAAUGUACAGUAUCCGUUAAAAAAGCGGAAGAAGAACGUCCAAAGUUGGAAAAACCUGAGGGUGUUUCUGAUGAAUUUGAUGCAAAUAGAGCUCCAAAAUUACUUGAACCUUUACAAAAUGUUAAAGUAAUGGAAAAAGAGCCAAUAAAAAUGCGAUGCCGGUUUGGAUGGCGUAGUGGAGAUCCAAAGCCUACAAUUAAAUGGUAUAAAGAUGGUGAUCGUCUCUUUCCUUAUGAUCACGUUGCCAUUCCGGAGAUUGAUGAUGAUGGAUGGUGUGAAUUAGAAAUCCCCGAAUCUAUGCGAUCUGAUUCUGGAAAUUAUCGUUGUAUAGCAGAGAAUCCUUUUGGCACUGCUCGAACUGUUGGAGAAGUUCAAGUAUCAAAAGAAGCUCGAAAACCAUUUGAAGAACGUUUGAAAGAUCAAUUGAAAGACAUUGGUCGUGCUCCAGGCUUUACUAUCCCCUUAACUAUGAAACGUGCAAAGCCUACAGAAACAGUUGUUUUCGAAUGUCUUCCUUAUGGACAGCCGUUCCCUGAUAUUAAAUGGCUUAAGGAUGGCAUUGAAAUUAAACCUGGUGAAGGAAUUAGUAUUGAAGCAUUGCCAGAUGGAACACAAAGAUUAACACUUACAAAUGUGGACUUUCCCUCUGAGGGAUUCUAUCGAUGUGUGGCUAAUAAUGAAUAUGGCACAGCCAGCACUAAAGCAGAGCUUAAAAUGAUUGGUGACCGUUUGCCCGCGAGGAGGGUAGAAGAAGAGGGCCCUCCAGCUGACCAGAAGCCGAGGAUCAGGCCUGGUCUACAUAAUCAAAGCAUACAUCAAGGAAGCCCUCUUGAAUGGCAAGUUGCCGUUCUGGGUGUGCCUACUCCAAGUGUUGAAUGGCUUAAAGAUGGUAAACCUUUGGCAGAAGCGGCAGGAGCACCUGACUCGAGAAUAAGUAUUUUCCAAGAUGAACGAGGCCUUCAUCAUUUGGUAAUUGUCAAUGUUCAACCAGACGAUGCUGGAGACUAUUCAGUUGUUGCAAAAAAUCCACUUGGAGAGGCUGUCUCCACGGGCUCUUUAAGUGUGAUAAGACCUCGUGUUGUUGAGGGAGGAGAAGAGGAAGGUCGUGGAGCUAUGCCAUUCCCACCUGGCUUUAUUAGACAACUCAAAAACAAACAUGUAUUUGUUAAAAUGCCUGCAAUAUUUGAUUGUCUUGUGGUUGGAUAUCCACCGCCGGAUGUUGAUUGGUAUCACAAUGGAAAAAAGAUUUGCCCCGGCCCUCGUCACAAGAUCCAGGUUGCUGGUGGUGGUUCGCAUGCCCUUCUAAUUCAAGAUGUCUGUACUGAAGAUGCAGGCGAAUAUGUCGCUAUUGCGCGUAACUGUCAUGGUCAGGCACAAAGUUCUGCCAUUUUGGAUGUGACGGUUCCCUUCAUGGACAAGAUAAAAUUUGACGGUUCUGAAGACGUUACACCCUAUUUAACGGAAGAAUACGGAUUCAGAAGGCAAAGGAAAUCAAUUCCAACACCUCCUGAUAGAGGGCCCUUCAUAAAAGAAGUUACAGGCCAUUAUUUAACCCUUUCUUGGAUCCCAACAAAGAGAAGUCCUCCAAGAUACCCUCAAGUUACCUAUGUUAUUGAAUUUCGUGAAUUGCCUGACAAAGAUUGGCAACUACUUGACUACAAUAUUCCUGAGCCUGUCUGCAAAGUUCGAAAUCUCGAACUAGGCAAAAGCUACCAGUUUCGUGUUCGUGCCGAAAAUAUUUAUGGAAUUAGCGACCCAUCUCCCCCAUCACCUCCAUCGAGGCUAAUGGCAAGACCUCCACCAGUCUUGGACAAGUUCCGACGUGUUAUACCUCUUCUUGACCCAUAUAUGGAGCGAGCUUUGGAUCAAGCACAUGCUGAACAAUAUGCCUGCACUCCUUGGUUUGCGCCAGGCGUAAAAGAAAGACACUUCGUUGCAGAAACUGACCAUCUUUCAAUUACUUUACAUUAUGCAGGAUAUCCUGAUCCAAAAAUUACGUGGAAACAUAGAGGUUGGGAUAUUGAUGCCUCCGGGCCAACCUCAAACAUUCGUAUUUCUUCGCAUGCUGGUGCUGAGACUACCAUCACAUUCCUAGGCUUCCAAAAGUCAAAUGCUGGGCAAUAUACUUGUGUGGCUGAGAACCAGUAUGGCAAAGCUGAACAAAAUUUACUUGUUGAUGUUGCUACCCGCCCAAAAUUCACUCAACCUUUAUCCAAUCGAGACUACACUUCUGAUAAGCCUUUAAGGCUAAAUGUUCGUGUUGAAGGCAAUCCUGUGCCGGAAGUUAAAUGGCUUAAGGAUUGGCGGCCAGUUGCCGAAUCUUCACGUGUUCAUCUGAUUCAAGAAGAUUCGAAUUUACGUACAUUGCUUAUUGAUCAACCCAUUUGGAGUGAUUCCGGCAUUUAUACCUGUACUGCCUUCAAUGACGCAGGUCAAGCAGUUACUUCUUGUACUAUUACUGUAGAAGUCGAAAACGACUUUUUGAAAGAUUUCAAACUAAAAGAUUUUCGAAAAUCUAUAAAAUUGGAGCGCGGACCCCUUCGAGAUAUUUAUGAUAUUCAAGAAGCUGUAGAAGAAGAAUAUUCUAUUGCAACAGAAUCUGUUAAAUAAUUUUAUGUAGUAAUUAGAUUAAUUUUAUAAAAAUUUUAUUCUAGUCCCUAAACGUUCCAUUAUUUUAGUUUUUAAAAAUUUCUUUGAAAAUUUUUCCUUAAAAUUCGAAAAAAAAUUAAAAAUUAAUGGAACGUAUUUAUUUUUUCCCGCAUUUUUUUUUUGAUCCCUCAAUUUACGGCCAAAAAGCUCGCCAUUUUUAAAAAUGUUUUUAAUUUUUAAUAAAUAUUCAG